GGACCUGAGCUCCAACCAACUGUCCGGCAGCAUCCCUAGCGAGCUAAGCUCCCUUGCCAGUCUCGAACACCUGGAGCUAAGUCAGAACGAGCUGAGCGGAUCCAUCCCAGAGAGCCUCUUCUCACUCUUUCGUCUCGAAGUGCUGUAUCUCGAUACAAACCAGCUCACCGGCACAAUCCCUGCCGCCAUCGGCAACCUUUUUGAUGUAACAAGCCUGUCACUGGCGUCGAACCAUCUGUAUGGCUCCAUUCCUGACAGCGUCACCAACAUUGCUGGUGUCAUCUACUUCUUUCUAUACCAGAACUACCUCACAGGGCCCGUAGUAAAGCCAUGGGGCUCGUAUGCAGAUCUCUCCAGCAACUACCUGUCGGGUCAGUUGGAGGAAAGCCCGUUCCCCGGAAUGGAGAGUGACGACGCACUUGGAGCCAACUGCCUCACUGCAGCUGAGGGUGUCUCGUUGGCCCCGCAGCGCCCCGAGGCAGCCUGCCGGGCGUUCUGUGGCAUCUCCAUGCGCUCCGCUGCUGCUGGUGGUGGUGGUGGUGGUGGUGGUGCUGGCGGUGCGGGUGGUGUUGCUUGUGGCGGGCGUGGGCUGUGCUAUCCUGACGGGCCUAGCUUGGCGCCGACCUGCUUGUGCAAGACGGGGUUCGUUCAGUUUGGAAGCAUCUACUGCCUUGAGGAGGGCUCGGAUCUCACCUCCCCACUGGACAGUAAGCUUCUCCCGCCAGCAACAGUGCUCACUAAGGGGACAAGGAAAGAAACGAAGGGAGCGUUUACAAAAGAGCCAGUGACCCUGUUCGUGUUUGAGAAAGGCCGGGAGGACGAAGGGUGCGGGUUCGAGCUGGGCUUUAACGUCAACUUCACCUUUGCGCUUUCACCCCAAGGCAAGGCUGCCUCCAACGGGUUUGCGUUUGUGGUGUCGGCAACAACCACGGUGGGGAACAGCAAUGGCGUGGGGUAUGGUGGGAUGGACCCUCGCAGCAUGGCCAUCGAGUUUGACGUGCUUCAGAACAGCCAGCACGGCGACAUGAAAGAUCAGCACGUGGGGUUGAACAUCAACGGGCAGGACAAGUCCUUCGCAGCUGUGAAAUCCCCGUUCAUGCUGACCAACAAGCAGGUAUACACGGCAUGGGUGGACUACGUACCUGGACUUUCCAGCACCAUCCAGGUCUUCCUGGCAAAUGGGGCAGUGACGGCAGCAGGGAAGCCAGCGAAGCCGUUGCUGGAGAGGCGGGUGUCGCUGUGUGAGGUGCUGCGGGGAGGGGAGGAGGCGCAGCUGCAGGCGUUCUACUUUGGCUUCGUGGCAUCCACCACUGUCAAGCCGUUCAUGAGCCAAAUCAUUUUCAAGUCUGCCAUACACGCAGACCUUCCACCCCCACGGGCGCCAGUCGCCGUAUCUGCAGCCCUGGGCCUGAAUGUGACUGUGGACACAUAUGCACCGGUACGGGCGAGCCCCUUCCCGCGCUAUGUGAGUGCGGACUACCGGGUUUCGGCGGGGAAGCAGGACUCGUGGGUCUUCAGGGACCUCCACUCCUGGGACUCCGUGCCCUUCCUCAGCUGGCCCGUCAAGAACCAGGCCGACUGUAAUGCAUGCUGGGCGUAUGCAGUGGUGGCGAGCAUAGAAGCAGCAUACGGCAUCGCAACGAAUGCAGAGGCGCCACGGCUGUCAGUGGACUCGCUCUUUGCAGCCAUGGGGCUCACCUCUCAAGCUGACAAGUGCACCGCUGGAGGCUCUCCGACCGAUGCCUUUGAAAAGCUUCUCGCUCUGGCCAAAGGAGGAGUGACCAUGGCCGACAAUCCGGGGAAAAAGUAUCCUAUUCAGGGAUUUGAGCGCGCAUCGUUCAAGGGGUAUGUGGGGCUCAUGCUGGCAGUGCAGCGGCAGCCAGUGGUGGUUCACAUCGAAGCCUCUGCUGCCACGUUUGCUGAAUAUGAUGGGACGUUCAAGUACCAGGACCCUGCCUGCUACAGCGGCAACCUGAACCACGUGGUGCUUGUAGUGGGAUAUUUCAUUCUGAGGGAUGACGGCAGUCAGAGUCGCAUUGCUCCGCCGUUUUGGAUCGUCCGCAACUCGUGGGGCGAAGAUUGGGGAGACAGGGGCCACAUGCGCGUAGAUAUUCAGGGAGGGGAUGGCGUGUGUGGCAUCAACGUGCUGCCUGGCAUCUACCCCAUUGUUAAGAUCCCAGGAGAUCCGUGUGGCAGCAAGAGCUACAAGGGCGAUGGUGACUUGCAGCCCAGCAUGAACCCGUGUGGCCGAUUCACAUGCAAGGCCAACAGCAAGACCAACAGCAACACAUGCACUUGCACCCUCCCUUCUGAGACCAAGCAACCCUUCGUGCAAGCUGCCAACGGUUAUGGCAACACGUGCGCCUAUUUGGACGUGUGUGGGUCUUACUUCAAGAACCCGUGUGCGGUGGGCACAUGCAUCAACGAUGGCAAGGGCUCCUACUCCUGCAUCUGCCCUCCCAACCACGUCCCCAGCCGAACCAUCGACAACUUCCCCACCUGCGACCCAGCCAACGAAACGGUCACGAGCCUGGCAGUGAGCGGGGACAAGUGGGCGUGCGCGGACGUGUAUGGCCUCGUGGGGCUCUCCUCCUCACAGUUCGCCCAGCAGAACCCGGGUAUCGACUGCUCCCAGCCGUUGCCUAAAGGAGCGGUGCUUCAGAUUGCGGGCACUCCGGCCAUCCCCUGCACGGGAUUCUUCUACACCCUCGAUGGCGACAGGUGUCUAUCCAUCGCCGCAUCAGUGGAUAUCACCAAAUCCAAUCUCAUGGCUCUCAACCCAGGCCUAGACUGCACGCAAGCCAUCAAGCCCGGCCGCUCCCUCUGUGUGGAGCGCAACGCAAGCUACGCCUACACGGUCCCCAAGUGUGUCAAGUACGCCACACUCACAGCAGAGGACACCUGUGAGCGCCUGCUGAAAGGGUCCAGAAGCGAGAAGGUUGAGCCCUCCUCCUGGGCUGAGCUCUACCGCAACAACCCCGGGCUCGUCUGCUCCAACACCGUCCCUGGCUCUGCCUCGGCUGUUGGCAGCAACAUUGGCGUGCAGCUCGGCAAGUGCACCAAGGGCCGGCCCCGGUCGGUGUCACCAUCGCUCACGUGCUCCGGUGCUUACCGCUUCUAUGGCAGCACUGGUACCAUGAGCCGAGACGAUGCGUUUCAAGAUUACAACGGAGAGAGAUGUGCUGGCACGGUUGGAGGCAAUUUCAUCUGUGUGCCAAGGUAA